AGAUGGCGUAUGCAUACGGAAGGGUAUAAUGGCGCUUUCCGUGUGGAUAUUGUGUUCAUAUUGUUUAUGGAGUAUUCUUAUAAUUGGCGUUUUCUCUGUUCUUGCUAUGGUCCUACGGAGUCUCUUUGGCUCAACUGGUUUAGAAAAUGAAACAAAGGAACAUGAGGCCCAUUAUUUUAUUGAUUCAGAAUCAAAAGAAGAAAACAUAAAGCCUCCAUCAAUCAGUGAUGAAGCAACAUUGAAGUUAUCUGUAAUUGUUCCUGCCUUCAAUGAAGCCCAGAGAUUACCUUCUAUGCUUGAUGAGUGUCUUCAAUAUUUGGAAAACAGAUGUAGCAAGGUCGAGGAGUUUAGUUAUGAAGUUGUGAUUGUGAGUGAUGGAAGCACUGACGAUACAGCAGAAGUUGCUCUUCAGUACAGUCGUAAGUUUGGAAUAAAUAAAGUUCGGCUCUUAUUGUGCAAGGAGAAUCGUGGAAAAGGAGCUGUUGUAAAAGAUGGAAUGAUGUGCUCUCGUGGAAAAUAUUUGCUUUUUGCUGAUGCUGAUGGUGCUACAAAGUUUUCAGACAUUGAGAAACUUGAAGAGAGUAUGAAAGAUUUUGCAGAUAAGGCAAGUAUGGUGGUGGUUGUGGGAUCUAGAGCACAUUUGGAAAAGGAGUCUAUUGCACAGAGAUCAGUAUUCCGGACCUUCUUGAUGUUUGGGUUCCACUUUGUGGUGUGGCUCUUUGCUGUCAGAGGUAUUCGAGACACUCAGUGUGGUUUUAAACUUUUCACUCGUGAAGCAGCUAGGCUCUUGUUUCCUAAUCUACAUGUGAAACGUUGGGCCUUUGAUGUAGAACUGCUAUAUCUAGCUCAGUACUUUCAAAUUCCUAUCAGUGAAGUGGCUGUGAAGUGGACAGAAAUAGAAGGGUCCAAGAUUGUCCCAUUCUGGAGCUGGUUGCAGAUGGGACAGGACUUGUUUCUCAUAUGGUUUAAAUACCAAACAGGUAUCUGGCAGAUAAGAAGUGAACCACAGAAUAAAUAACUCGUAAAGUUGUGUUCUAAUAAGAACAAUUUCUAAAAUGGGGUUUUUUUCAAUGAUAUAAAAAUAUCUAUUUACUAAAAUGUCUGUACUCUUCAGAGGCUGUGGACCAAGCUUGUAUAUAUAUGUUUGUUGAAAGCAAAAUAAAUCAAGAUGCCCUUUUGGUUUUGCUUAA